UUCCUUCUCCUAUUUUUCCUUAAAGGAUGUAUUAAAUUUCUUUUUAAUUAAAAAAAUAAAAAAAAAAUAUGGGUGGCCAAAUAAGCAGCAGCGGAAGUGGAGAAAACUUCAAUACAACAAGAAGUUUUAGUAGCAGCAGCAGAAAUAGUUCCGGCGGUCUGUUAACCUCCCCAGGCUUGAGUUCGAUAGGCUCUAGUGGAAGAAAGUCGAGACAUUGGAGAACGCCCUCAAGUUGUUCAAAUUCUGCUAGCCCUCCCCAAAUCUCGUCCUCUUCGUCUUUUUCUUCUGCUGGUUGUACCCCCUAUUUGUCUGAACAACAACAAAACAAACAACAAUUUAUUAGACACCCUUCGUUAUCUAAAUCAAGUAUUCGAUCUUCUAUCUCCAAAGGUCGACAAAAAACCAACAGUCUAACCCAAUGGAAAGCCCUUCCUUCACCGUCUCCUUUUGCCGAUAAUUAUGCCAAUGUUAAUUCAUUUAUUGGUGCUGGUUCGAAAAGCAAUCGGUUGCCUUCCUCAAUGCUUGGACACAACCACAAAAGUCAGCAUGGAUCAAAUUCUGCUAGAAGUGGUUUAGGCUCAAAUGGAAAAAGCAUAAAUGGCCCGUCAACAUUUGUUUCUCGUUGGGGUGGUUCAUUCACGCGUGCAUUGCCUGGACUUAAAGGAGGAGGGGGAGGAGGAAAUGUUAAUAAUUUUGUAGAAGGAAGGCAUUUAAUGGCCAAAAGUUUAAUUAAAGAGCAAACAACCCAACAAAGAAGGCGGCAUUUGCCGUCAAGUAAAAACAGAAAAGAAUUAAUUGAAAAUAGUAGUAAAAUUGAGGAUAAUAAUAACAACAAUAUUUAUGUAAAUAAUAAUGAAAAUUACGAAAAUGAUGAUGUCUAUAAGGAUUUGUCUACUUUAACAAUCUCUAAUAAUUAUUCUUCAAACAAUUUUAAAAAUACUCAAGAAGAAAAAAAUUUGUCGGAGAAAGAAGUUCAUUGGAGAAGAAGAAAAAUAUUAGAAAACAAUUCUAAUAGUAAGGACUUUUCUUUAAAAAGUUCUUUAAAACGAAGUGGUUCUAAACUGUUUAAUGGACUAUUACGUUCGUUAAUUGGAGAGGAUGAAAAUGAGGAAGAAGAAAAAGAAGAGGAGCUUGAAAAGAAGAAAAAUUGGGAAAAGGAGGAUGAGGAGGAGGAGGAAGGAUUUAAUGAUAAUUUUAAGAAUCGUCUCUAUCUUGAUGAUAACAACAACAAAACAACAAUUUUAAAUAAUUUACCACAUAAACACAAAACAGCAACAAUAAGUACAUCCUCAUUAAGAGCUUCUCUAUACCAAGCGAAAAAGCGAAUGUUACCAAAAUGUACUUCUUCUGCCGCUAAUAGACUUCCAAAUAAAAAUGGAAAUGUGGAAAUUUUUCUCAACAAGAGAGGUGAUGGAGAACUUGUAUCCUCCAUGCUUUUAUCGAUGGCUACUUGUCCUUCUGUCGACUCUUCAAUUUCUAAUAGACGCCCAUUUUCUGCUCCAACAGAUGCUUAUACUUCUACAAAUGUUAAAAAAUCUAAAGAUUUGUGGUUGUCUGCGGAUUGGAGUGGGGGAAACGAAAAGACUAAAUUUUUGGACAAUUUGAGUCCUUUGAGGCAGAGACGAAAAAUCAUUCAAGCAAAUUCUGGUGAAUUAAUUAAAGCUAUUGGGUAUUUUAUUUGUCAACAUUGUUGUUGGUAUGGAUUGCAUGAACAGUUUGAACCGGCACAUUUGGGGACUUGGCUUCGAAGUGUUGAUCGGGCAUUAAUUUUACAGGGCUGGCAAGAUGUAGCAUUCAUCAAUCCGGCAAAUUUAGUAUUUUUAUUUAUGCUAAUUCGUGAUGCUUUUUUGCAGGGUUUUUUAAUUAAAUGUGAAAAAAAAAUAAUUUUUUAA